GUCUCGCUCUGCCCUUCCUCGCCCUGGAUGUCGCAAGAAGCUGAGACACACGCACACCUCCUCGUUUGCCCGUCCUGCAAAGUGACCCCACUCCACCCUCCCUUGAGGGCAGCUUGCGCGUGGUGGAGGGGGGUUCCCUUGCAAAAGCUACAAUGUCACCUGAUGAAAUUGUCUACUUGGUGGUCCUUCUCAUCUCUAUACCUGUUGGUUUCCUCUUCAAGAAAGUGGGUUUGAAGACCAAAAAAUAUGGGGCAGCUGUUAUAGGACUUGCACUUAUUCUGGCGACUUGCCAGAUCCACAUUCUUCAUUCUCUUAUCACCAUCCUGGGGACAUGGCUUAUUAUCAAUAUCUCACCAAGGACUUGUCAUCACCUGACGCUGGGAUGGACAUUUUCCUACUUAUUAUUUUUCCGCACAGUUACUUACUUCAACUAUCCAGAGCCAACACCAUUCACCAAUGCUGUGCAGCUUUUGCUCACUCUUAAGCUGCUGAGCUUAGCCAUUGAGGUACAAGAACUCAUUCAGGCGAAGAAACAGGAAGUGACAACUUUCACCAAAUCUCCAGUGAUUGGUAGAGUUCUCCAAAAACCGGGGUUGGUGGAGAUACUGUGCUACAGUUACUGCUACGUGGGGCUUAUGACAGGCCCAUUUUAUCGCUAUCGUACGUAUCAUGACUGGUUGAGCCAGAUUGAUUCUUCUGUUAUCCCUAGCUGGCGGCCGAUGCUUUACAGAUUCAGAAUGAUCCCCAUCUUUGGAAUAUUUUUCCUGGUUGUCUCCCAUUUCUUCCCCCUUGAUUACGUCCGGAGCAACGCCUUCUACGAGAGAGGACUCCCUUUUCGCCUCUUCUACAUGGUGCCCAUCUUCUUUGUCUUCCGUAUGCGUUUCUACGUUGCCUGGCUUUGCGCCGAGUGUGCCUGCAUUGCUGCCGCUUUUGGUGCCUAUCCAGUCACUGCCAAAUCUCGGUCAGGUGGAGGACCCACAGUGCAAUAUGAGCCCUUAAGUCCAUCAGCUGACGGGGAAGCAUCCAGUAUUGCAUAUGAUUAUGAGACAAUCAAAAACAUUGAUCCACACGGGACAGAUUUUUGUGUCAAAAUAAAGGAUGGCAUGCGCUAUUGGAACAUGACUGUCCAGUGGUGGUUAGCACAAUACAUCUACAAAAGUGCACCUUUCCAUUCCUACAUCAUGAGGAAUGCCUGGACAAUGCUUAUCUCGGCCUACUGGCAUGGGAUCCACCCUGGGUACUACAUCAGCUUUCUUACCAUCCCGCUCUGCCUACUAGCUGAGGGGGCCAUGGAGAGUGGAUUCUUGAAGCACCUCUCCCCGUCUGGGCGUCUUUGGGGUGACUGGAUACAGUGGUUCAUGAAGAUGAGGGCCUAUGACUACAUGUGUAUGGGUUUUGUGUUGCUCACCUUUGAGGAUACUAUUCGCUAUUGGAGCUCGAUCUAUUACUGCAUCCAUGUGGGGGCUGUGUUUUUCUUCCUGCUGGGAACAGUGUUGGGGAUCCAGAGGAAAUGGGGCUCCCCAAAAGAUAAACAGGGUGCUCCACAGAAUCCCAAGCAACAGGAAUGA